ACGUUAACUUGUAUAAAAUGGUUAGUGUCUCAUGUACAUAUGAUGUACAUGGCAUGUCACAUGUAACAUGUGACGUGUAACAUUACAUGUAACACAACAUGUUACAUAUUACAUGAUAUUUGACGUGUUACAUUUUUCGUGUUACAUUACGUGUAACAUGCUACAGGGCAAGUGAAUGGCAAUUCUGUUUCGGACGAAAUAUCAACAUGGUAUAAAUCAGCUUUGAAGUUCGAUUUUUCGAAAUUUUUCUAGUAUCAUAACUUCAGCUUCUUGAGUAGAUACAGUUUAUGUAAAAAACUCAUUUUUGAAAAAAAAUGGUCUUUAGACCACUCUGUUCCGCAACGGCUCAUAUACUGGGGUAUUAACAACAUUGUCAUUUCUUCCACACGCAAACAAAAAACCAGUUUCUUAUUGAAAACUUAUUGUUUUAACUUCACUUUUGGCAGCAACGGCGAGUCUCUCGGCUACUCUGAAUAUGUUUGUAUUUUCAUUCUUGAUUCUGCUGACGGUUGCUUCUACGCAAUGAUAGUGAUCCACACCAAUUUCCAUGGCAACACGUUGACAACGGUGCAUAUAAAUUUUUCAAACAAAUCAAAUAGCACAAGAUAAAUAAAUUUGUUUGUAAAACUUGCGAAAAAUUAUCUGUAGUGUUUUUCGAGUGCCAAUCGCCAACUAUGCAGCCAGGGUGGUUGUGAAUCUCAGGUUGUGAAAAGCCUAGUUUCUGGUGAAUAACAUGGGAAACUUCUGCAAGGGUUGUUUAUCACGUAAACAAGACGUUCUACUAUUGCUUAUUGUGGGUUUACAAUAUACUGGUAAAACAGAAAUCGCACACAAAAUAUGCCAUCUCGUUAGAAAUGAUUAUCUUCAAACAAAAGGAUGCAGAAUAUUUAACACCAGUAUAGAACACAGUAGCGUGCAGAUAAAGGAGAUCGGCGGUGCGCCAGAAUUUGUAGAUAUUUGGAAAUAUUAUUUCCUGGAUGUGCACGGAAUAAUUUUUGUAGUUGACUCAUCCAACAUCAAUAACAUCUGCCAAUCGUACAAAGUAUUCAACAAUUUAAUGGCACAUGAUUUCCUAAUUGGUAAACCUUUUCUAAUAAUUGCAAACAAACAGGAUUUACCCGGUUCCACAGACUGUGUAGAUAUUUGUGAAUAUUUGGAUGUAGAAUUCCUAGCUAAUAAAUAUCGAAAUCCUUGCAUGGUAGAACCUUGUGGUAAUUGGGAUGUUUCGAGUAACGAAUACGAUGGUCUUUUACGCGGAAUUAACUGGAUAGUGAGAACUAUACAAAUCAAUAAACAAUUUUUAAUCAACCGAAUCAAUUUUCACCGACUGAUGAUCGAAGAAAGUCACAAGCUUUUUGAAAGUCACCGUCCAUGCACUGGAGUACGGCGAAAGAAGUCAAGGUUUAGCUUGCGUGAUAAAAGACCAAAGACUGCACCAGCUGUAUAUCUAGCUUGGAUGAAUACAACUGCAUACAAUAAUCCACUAGGACGAAAUAGCCCCGUACGCGAUAGAAUUGAAGAAACUAUAAAUGCAGGUGGUAAAUAUUUGGAAUCGCCUGAAAAUCAGACCCACGAAGUUUUACCUACUACAACUGGACAAAUGCCCAAUCGAACAGAGAAUACACUUUCAAUCAAAGAUGACACGCAAACGCUCGCUAUCUUAACAAAUCAAAAUAACGAAGAACUAACAGUGGAGGAUUUAUCGCUGUCGCUGCAUAGUGCAGAUACUAAUAAAACGGAGCGUAAAGUAUAAAACUAAUGUGCCAAAUACGUGUUAUAAUGUAAUGUUAAGAAUCUCACUUUCCAAACAAAUUAACAAACUCGAUUUUUGUAUGCACUACACAGAUUGUAGGCGAUAUAGCCACUGCGUGUCGCUGUGAAAAUCUAACCAAAACAACGAGAGUACACUGUUUCUACGCUUACAUAUGGUCACGCAGAAUGCAAUCAAACCGAACCAAUCGCUAUUUGUUAAACUGAAAUAUUAACACAAGUAAAUGUGGAAAUUAAUAACACUGUUCGACAAAAGCGGAAGUGCACCAAAAAGUCGCAGAGUAAUUGCUUGUGGUUGUGGGGCAUUUCUAUCUAUGCUAGAGGCACCAGAAAUGAUUAAUGGAAUGGUUAAACAGCAAUUAUACUAGUAUUCUUAAUUUUUUUUCCAGUUUGAGCUCGUGGAUAAAAUAUGUGUUGAUCUGUGUAGUUUUAAUCUCUCUUUCAUGGAAAAAAAAUCUAUCUUCCUUGAGAAUAUAUCAUUUAAAUAGUUUAUAAUAAUAGUAUAGCAAAAAAUUGCAGCAGGGAGCAUAAAUGAUCCAGGGCUAGUCAGUCUUUGAAUGCCAAUUACUGCGGAAAUAAUAUUUUCUGGUGCCUGGUUGGGUUUGGUUGCACGGUUGCAGACUGUAUAUCCUUUUAAUUAAACCUCCUAGUUAUCUUUGAAAUUUAACUUAGCCAUUUAUCGAUAUUUUUGUAUGAUGGCUGGGAGAAUACUGCAUCUGGUUUUGCACGUUACUUUUAUUCACUUGUACUUUCCUUGUGAGGUUUUAACAUCGGAAAUCUAGUUAUUAUGAAAUAAAAAAACAGAAUAGCAGUUUCAAGAAGCCACGGAUGUCCGGAGCUAGUAGAUUAAUGCUAUUGCAAUCUAAUUAUUGUAAUUAGUUAGAAAGAUUUUUCACAAAAUACUUUGAUCCUUCGCCGAACAAUUCUGUGUUGCUGAUGUUGAUAUCAAUUAAAAUAUGAUAAAAAUUACUCAAAUGGCUUCUAGGUAUUGUAUUCAACUGAUCUUUUCUUGUUUAGCCUUCGAUUUCUGCAGUAUAAAACAGCUUUGUAACUAGCACAAUGUUUCGCUCAUCGCUAAGAUGUUUUGCUCUAAAAUGCGAGAUUAAUACAAAUUACAAUUUUGUACGCAAUCAAAUCUAAGUGUUUUGUGCUUUAGGACAAAGAUUUCAAUUUCAAUUUGCAAAUAUUAUGCCUGUUUUUGACGAUCAUAAAACGCUGAAGUGAAACAUGAUUAAAAGAAUUGUUUCAACCUGAGACCUACCUCAGCAUCGUUCAACAUCUCGAAAUCUAGUCCGAACGCGUCACUAUCAUCUUCAUCGAAAAAAUUAUCUAAAUUUUCCAUUAGAACUUGUACUUCGCCCGUAGUAUCAGCACUUUUUU